UUCAAACAGGAUGUUAUUUUGUCCCUUUAACCACUCAUGCUAAAACAUUAGUGUAUUUGUAAUUCAAGCUCAUCGGAUGUUAUACAGGUGAAUUUAGUAUAGGAAAUAUUUUAAAAACAAGUGUUCUAUUGUGAAAAUUCAUUUACUAAUCUCUAUUUUAUUAAUAUAACUGACACAGCUUUGGAGUUCAUUUUGCUGAGUAGAGAACGGUGAAGCUACGACACUAUUUAUCUACCCGUGAAAAUAAACAACCUUAGUACAAUACACCACAGUCUUCAGUAUCGGAACGAACGUAUUAUGCCCGGGGAGUCAUACAGACUUGGAGAUCUCAACGGCAGUUACAAAUCGGACACGUCCUUGACGGAGAAAAAAGGACAAAACGGUGACAAAAUGUACAUUUCCACGGCAAAGGCGUUCAUUCUCGCCUUCCUGGCAAUCGCUGUCGCUGUCGGCGUCGGAAUUAUCGUGCAUUUCGCGGGUGGCCGAACGCUGGAGUGUAACUGUGGGUUUCCGUCCACGGCCUCCCCCUCCGGUGGAAGUGGCGGCUCGACCGCCGCCUUGGAGCAGUGCAAGGACUGGGCUAGUGAGGGAAUUGCAUACAUCUGCAAUGAGUGUUCCCAGCCAAGCCAGGCACCCUGUCCGACGUCAGCACCAGUCACGACGUCAAGGCCCGUAGUCACGACAACGCGCGAUAACGUAAUCACGACGUCGACACAAGGCAUGACCACGACAGCCCCAAAGAUUGACGUCAGAAUACCAUUGGAUCUCAACCCGCUGUUGUAUACAGUCGAACUGCAGCCUGACAUGUACGCACCGCUACAGCCAGCGAACUUUACCUUUGCUGGAAAAAUAAAAAUCCUGUUCAACUGUCGACAGAGCACGAACCAGAUCACACUUCACAGCAAAAAACUCACGUACGACGGUAAUUUCACGGUAUUCCAUCCAAAUGACAUCAAUGAUGACAGCAAAAACAUGUACAGUUCCCACUCAUUCGACAUGGAGAGACAGUUCCUGAUCGUGCACACCAAGGACACUCUAGCUGCGGGAGAAAACUACACCCUGGAGAUCUCCUCAUUCCAUGGCCCCCUGUUACCUGACUUGGCAGGGCUGUACCUAAGUUCCUACACAAGGAACGGAGCCACUGUACAUAUUGCGACGACCCAAAUGCAGCCGACAGACGCCCGGAAGACGUUCCCGUGUAUGGACGAGCCCGCCGUUAAGGCGGAGUUUGACGUCACACUCGUGCGAAAGAGCCACAUGAUUUCUAUCUCCAACAUGCCAAUUAUCUCCAACCAAACAAGAGAUGGCGAUUGGGUGGCUGACCACUUUGAAACGACCCCCAAGAUGUCCACUUACCUACUGGCCUUUAUCAUUUGCGACUUCGACUACAUCGAGCAAACCACCGAAAACAACAUUCAGUACCGGGCAUUUUCUCGACCGGAAGCGUUAAGCCAGGCGAACUACUCCCUCGAGGUCGGAGUGGACAUUCUCAACUACUUUGAGAAGUAUUUCAACAUUUCAUACCCGCUGCCCAAACAAGAUAUGAUAGCGGUGCCCGAUUUCUCGGCUGGGGCCAUGGAAAACUGGGGUCUGAUCGUGUAUCGGGAGACGGCCAUGUUGUAUGAGAAGGGCGUUUCCUCGGAGGGAAAUAAACAAAGGGUGGCCGUUGUCGUCUCCCACGAACUCGCCCACCAGUGGUUCGGAAACCUGGUAACCCCCUCCUGGUGGGACGAUCUAUGGCUGAAUGAGGGUUUCGCCAGUUACGUUGAGUACAUGGGAGUGGACAAUCACCACCCAGAGUGGAGAAUGUUCGAGCAGUUCGUGGUUGAGGAUCUCCAGGACGUGUUUGAUUUUGACGGCCUCAUUUCCAGUCAUCCAGUCUACGUACCAGUCUCGCAUCCGGACGAGAUCAACGAGAUCUUCGAUAGGAUUUCGUACGCCAAAGGCGCCUCAAUUAUCCGCAUGAUGAGGUUCUUCCUUGGGGAUGAUACCUUCCAGAGAGGACUGAGUAACUACCUGAGCAGCCGUGCAUUUGGUGCGGCCUUCCAUGAUGACCUGUGGUUUGCCCUGGGAAAUCAAUCCAUCGCGGACGGUAACGCUAUUCAAAAUGUGAAGGAAGUAAUGGACACGUGGACGCUGCAGAUGAACUACCCGACCGUGCACGUGAAACACAUGCAGAAGGGGCAGGUAACACUCACCCAGAGUCGCUACCUGCAGGACCCCGACGCCAAAGACCCCGGAAAAUACACCUCACCAUUUGGUUACAAGUGGAAGAUUCCAUUUACAUUCACAACCAGCAACAUGCCCGAGUUCAACGUCAAGUCAAAUGACGUCAUCAUGAUGAAUGAACUCACUCAUAGUGUGAGUAACCCGUCUAUCCCUCAACCGGGCACGGGAAACUGGGUGCUUGGAAAUCCGAUGCAGUACGGAUAUUACCGAGUGAACUACGACGAAGGCAAUUGGAUUAACCUUAUUCGGCAAUUGGAAUCGAAUCAUUCCGUAAUUCCUCCCAUCAAUCGAGCCCAGAUUAUCAACGAUGCGUGGUCGUUGGCCAAGUCAGGGGACUUGGACAUGUCAAUAGCCCUACAGUCGAUCAAUUACCUCGGGAAUGAGGAGGACUACAUCCCUUGGAGCGCAGCCACUGGCCAGCUAGCAUUUGUGAGCUCCAUGCUGGCCAGACAUCCGCUGUUCGGAGCGUUUUCGCAUUUCAUGAGAAACAAGACGCAGAAAAUCUUCGAUGAUCUCACGAUGAACAACACCGACGCAUCUCACCUCGAAUCGUACAUGCGGUCGACCAUCAGCGGCCUGGCCUGCGAAUACGAUAUCGACCAAUGUAAAACAGAGAGCACGAGGCUGUUUGCAGAGUGGAUGGGGAACCCGGAGAAAAACCCGAUUGACCCCGGUCUCAAAUCGACUGUUUACUGUACGGCGAUCGCAGAAGGCGGUAUUGAGGAGUGGGAAUUCGCCCUUAAUCAAUAUAGGACGGCCAAUGUCGCUGCAGAGAAAUCCCGCCUGCUCAGCGCAUUGUCGUGCUCCAAGGAGACGUGGAUCUUGAGUCGAUACCUGAACAUGGCGAUAGACGAAAAUGAGAUCCGGCGUCAGGACUCCGUGUCUGUGAUCGUCUACAUUUCAAGAAACACCAUUGGCAGAUCCUUGGCGUGGGAUUUCUUUCGAGAGCAGUGGGACUUCCUUUUAACCGACUAUGGCGCGGGAUCGUUCGGUUUUUCCAACCUUAUAGGCGGAAUCACUUCUUCGUUUAACACAAUGCCACAUUACAAUGAGCUGAAGGAUUUCAUGGAAAGCAAGACAGACCUGGGAUCAGGUGCGCGGGCAUUCGACCAAGCGCUUGAGAAGACACAAAGCAACAUCCGAUGGAUGAAUGCAAACGUUCCAGUGAUCGCGACGUGGUUGAAAGAUAUGGGGUUUUAAAGAAGCGUUGAAGUGAAGGACAAGCUGGGUCCAACUCGGGGAAGGAACAUUACGGAGGUUAAGAGAAAAGUUUUCUUAAGUUUAAACAGGCUCAUUUUGAUCAAGCAACAAUAAUGUACAUUUAUGGGGAUAAUUCUGUGCGUUCUCAUAGAACUAGUACAACCAGGCGCAGUCAUUAUAAUUCUCUAGUUUGUAUUCGGCUAUCGCUUGAUGUAAAAAACUAUUGACAAUUAAUUAUCAGGUUUCAAGUGAUAUAAAACUAAUAAUAAAACCAUCCACUGUGGAUAGACUUAGUUGGUGAAGGAAUAGUAACAUAUGGACUGCAGAAUAUCCAGUAACACGGUAAGGAGGAGAUUUCUGUUUGUGUACACACUUAAGCCUUGAUAUCCAUUAUGUUACAUGUCCAUUAUGUUACAUUCUACUUUCAACUCCGUCAAUGCUUUAUCUCAUGAUAGUGUGCCUUUAGACAUUUGUAUAUGGAAAUGUAUAUAUAUAGUAUGUUAAACGGUAGCUGUUGUCUGUUUUAAAUGUUCAACAUGUUUGUCAAUGAAAUAUAGACACAUA